GCGCCCCGCUCCUUCCCCCUCCCCUUUUUUCCAUUUUUUUUUUUUUUUUUUUUUUUUUUUUUUUUUUAAUCUUUUUUGUUGUUGUUAAUUUUCUGACACCUCCCCUCCCGUUUUUCUCCUCGCCCCCUCCCCGCGGCCGGUUUGCAUGCAUUGUCUGUCUCCCAAGAUGGUUUGUGAGACCAAGAUUGUGGCGGAAGAUCAUGAAUCAAUCCCGGGAUCCAAAAAAGACACGAUCAUUGUUUCCUCCUCCCAGAUGUGGCCCUCUUUGGCGGGCUCCCCUCCCUCACCCCCACCUCCCCUCACCCCACCAAAAGAAGACCCCAGGCGCGACAAUGUCUAUAUACGCGAAUUCCACCCCUCUGAACAGGAGGUGGUGCGCCGCAUCUUUUACGAGGGGAUCAUGGAGCGAAUCCCCAACACGGCGUUCAGGGGGCUGAAGCAGCAGCCCCUCACUCAGCUGCUCUACGGGGUGCUGGCGGUAAUGUGCUUUGUUGUGACCAAGUCCUUCCUGCUGACCUGCUGUUUGCCCAUCUUUCUGAUGGGCAUGAGGUACUACUUCAGUAGAAAAGUUAUCCUGCACUAUCUCGAUUGUGCGCUGCACACGGACAUGUCCGAUAUUGAGCAAUAUUACAUGAAACCGCCAGGCUCCUGCUUCUGGGUUGCCGUCCUGGACGGCAACGUGGUGGGGAUCGUGGCAGCGCGGGGCAACGAGGAAGACAACACCGUGGAGCUUCGCCGCAUGUCCGUUGACUCCAACUACCGCGGCAAAGGGAUCGCCAAGGCCCUGGGCCGCAAAGUGCUGGAGUUCGCCAUGCUCAACAACUACUCCUCCGUCGUGCUGGGAACCACGGCCGUGAAGAUGGCAGCCCACAAGCUCUACGAGUCCUUGGGGUUCAAGCACGUGGGUGUCGUGGAACAUUAUGCCCUGCCGGGGAUGACACGCUCCUUACUGGAGAGAAUGUUUUUCCAGGUCCGCUACCACCGCUACCGCCUGCAGCUGCGGGAAGAAUAAAAAAAAAAACCCAACCAACCAAAACAAAACAACAAAAAAAAUAUUCUCCCCCCCCUUCCUCUCCCUUCAAAAAUAACAAAUUACCCUCCUAUUUCUCAUCACCACUUAUUUGCCAGUUUUGGGUUAGAGUUUUUGUACCCUCACGUCAUGUUUUGGUUUGCUCCGUUCAGCUCGAUGGGCCGGCCGAGCAGCGCCCCUUCCUCGCAUGCUGUAGGUGGUGGUGCUGGGAGUCCUGCAACCCAGCGGGGUGGAGCGGAGCUCCGGCCUCUCCUUCCCAGGUACCUCCGUAAAGCACAGAAACUUACUGCAAAAUAGUACAACUGCUCUGGUGUACAUAGUCCUCUCCUUUCCCAGGUGUAAGAUAACAUAGCGAUGCAUUCACAAUAGCGCAGAAAUAUUACUUGAAUGCAGCCUUCAGUAUUUCACGCAUCAGUAAGUAGAAUAUGCGUUCCUCUUACCGUAAUCUACUGGUUAAUAGUUUCCAGAGCAAAGGUGGGGGGUACACCCUGUCCCCCAGCCCCAACCCGCUUGCUACAAUGCAUGAAGAGGAAAGCGCGUGCACGCACUCAAACGCAUCGCACUGCCACCGCGGCACUGGUGUUGCACUUUUUUUGGAUGUGCCUCAUUCUGCCAAAUGUCUGAGAGACCCCCGGGUGCAUCCGGUAACCACGACUCCGCUCCACCUCCCCCUCCUUCCUGAGCCAGCACAGACUCGGACCGGCUGAACUGAGCCCCAUUGUACCAUAGUGUGAAGUUCAGAUCAAAUCUAAGUAUCUCCUGCGCUGUUCCGUAGCCACACGUAACCUGCAGUCCUGGGCCAGACUCCGCAUGUGCGUUGGACUUUCUCUUUGCUGCCUUUUGGGGGUUUUUGUUUGUUUUCAUCUUAUUUUUAAGGGUUAUUUUUUUGUUGUUGUUGUUGUUAUUUUUAGUUUUGGCUUUUGCUGAAUGGUGUCGUUGAGGCGUAAUGGAGGCUGCAGUUCCUAUGGCAACACAUUUGCACAUUAAUGUGCACACCGAAUCUCACCACUUCAGAGAAGCAACGUGUGACAGAUAAUAGCAUUUUGGGGAGCACCGGGGUGGGGGGGAGCGUACUUAUUAUCUUAACCAGCUGCUUGUUUGAUAAAUGUAGAUGGCCUCACUGCAGCCUUCCAUCAAAGGUAAUUAACUGCUUUAAUGAUGUCAGAUUUGUGAAUUGUACAAUGCAAAAAGCAAUGCAAAGCAGAUUCGGCAUGUGUCUGUACCCGGUAUGUAUGUACAGUGCCUGCCAACUAAAGAAUAACCAAGACUACAGCUUCUUCUAGCCUGAGAUAUCAACUUUUAUAACUUAUUUAAACAAAUAGCAACUUUGCAUGAAUUACAUCUUGGGGAAAAAGAAGACCGGUAGGUUUUAAUUCUGAAAGCGUGGUAUCAGAGAUAUUACAGAAAACAAUUUCUGGCUGCACUUAAUUUUGGGUGGGUAGAGGGAUUUCGCUCUGCUAAUACAUUUAAAGGGAAAACCCCUUUAGUUACUGCGGAAAACCAUUAUUAUUUUAUGAAGUAUUACGCAUGUGGUGAGGGGGGAACCCCCCAUCUCAUGGCGAUGCAGUUGGUGAAGGGGUAGAGCAUGUGUUCACCACGCUUGCAAAUACAAUGGAAGAGUCAGCAGGAGAGCUGCAGAAGGAAGGAGCCUUGAGGUGUGGGGAGGGGACAGGAGCCCUGGGGCAGAUCAGGGGACAGCCAGCACAGACCUUGGACAUGGGGUGCUGCUGUCUGUCCCACUCCUGCCCUUUCCUCUCCAGCCAGAAGCUUUCCCAGCACAGAGAUGUGGCCGGCGAUGCUGAUGGAGAGCAGAGGGGAGGGGGCUCAGCCCAUCCCUGCGGGGCCUGGGCCAGGCACUGGUGCUGGGGAUGGAGGAGCCGUUUGGCACAACCCCAGCUGCCCUUUCAGUGCUUAGCUUGGGCUUGGUCCAGCCUGUGAGGAGUCGGAGGGGCAGAGUCCCAGCGUGUGUCCCAGCAAUAAAGGGGGUCAUGAGGAUGGUGAAGGAUACUGUAGCAAGAGACCGUGAUUUUAAUUAACAAAAUUUCUGUAUGGGGCACUAUAUUUUUAAAAGUCUUUCUAUGCUGUACAUUUCUCCUGGAGCUGAAAUAAUGUACUGUUGGUAGGGGUUCUUGUAUAGUGUACAGAAAUGGGCAGAAUAUUUUCUUGCUGCAUUCAGUGAUUUAUUAACCGAAGUAAAACAGACAAAUAUAAAGUGUUAGCAAAAGCUGAAAGAAAAAAACACAAAAGUUUGUGCCUUUUUUAGUUUAUUUUUCUGUUGCUAUAUAAUCACUGCACUAAAACCUUUCCAGAGGGGUAAAAAAAAUCAAAAAGCAAAAACUAGUCUCUUAAUAAGGGAGGCAUAUGUAAAGUCUAAAUUGAGCAUUAAGUUUUUUUUAUUAGGCUAUUUAAUUAAACUAAUGUUGCUGGUUUUAUUUGAUACCUGUGCCUUUGAAAUAAAA